CGAACAGGAUCCCAACCGCCAGACAUGGAAAAGCAAGAACUCCAGACAUCGUUCCUCAGAAAAUAUUUCAAAUCCUCUACAAAACUCUCCCAGCUUCCCAUCGAGGAACAGGUAGCCCUGUUCCGCGAAGCGAUCAGCCAAAAUGCCACGUUGACCAAGAUCCUCAGCCAAGCUUUGGAUUUAGACCUCCCCGAGUGGUACUUGGCCUCUGGAUGCAUUUUCCAAACGGUCUGGAAUGUUUUGACCGGACGAGACCCCGAAGCCGGCAUCGCGGACUAUGACCUAGUCUACUACGACAAAAGCGAUAUCUCCUGGGCGGCAGAAGACGCUGCAAUCCAAAAGGGCCAGAAGAUAUUUACGGGCGAUAAUAACAAUAACAAUAAUUCCUCGUCUACUUCUACUACUACUACCCCCGUUGAGAUCCGCAACCAGGCCCGCGUCCACCUGUGGUACAAGGAAAACCGCGGAAUCGACUGCCCACAACACGCGUCCGCAGAGGCCGCAAUCGCCACUUUCCCAACCACCACUGCCUCCCUGGGAGUCCGCUUACUGCCUAACGGGGAUUGGCGCAUCUUUGCCCCGCACGGCUUUGCGGACUUGUUUGAUCUGAUCGUGCGCCCUAACCCGGUGCUUACGCCGCCGCAUGUGUACAAGGCCAAAUCAGAGCGAUGGCAGCGUCAGUGGCCGGGGCUUACCGUCUUGCCUUGGCCGGGAGGGGAAGUGGAAAGCUCCGGGCAAGAAGAGGCAGGCGUGGGACUUGCAUCGGGAGUGUACAUCGCUCCGCGGCUCGCACCUUGACGGCGCUUUUCGCCUGCUUGGAGAUACAAGUACCUGUGAAUAGCCGGCGCUUCCGAGGUGGUUGCGAGCGUUGAAAGUGGCUGUUGUGGAAUUUGCUGCAGGAACUGCAUUGCAGGGAGGGAUGGAACCAUGAAAGUAUUUAGAUUCUAGCCGCGGUGCUAUGCAAAAAGUAACCGAUAGAGGUUUAGAUCAUGCAUAUGAGAGAUGGGAAUGCGGUAUAUCAGCUGUUGACAUCGCACAAAAACCCCGAGUGCCAGAUUGAUGCUUCCCAAUAUAUCUUGAU